GACCAUCCUGCCUGCGCGGGGCCCGGCCGGAAGCGGAAGCUGCUAAGGGGUGGGAGAAGUUUGCCCGACAAGUGUCAAGUUACGCUCCGGCUCUGGUCGGAGUUGUAGCCGCGGCUGCCGCCGGAGCAGAUUCCCCGCCAUGGGCAACACGAGCAGCGAGCGCGCCGCGCUAGAGCGCCAGGGCGGCCACAAGACGGCGCGGAGGGACAGCUCCGGGGGCGCCAAGGAUGGGGACAGGCCCAAGAUCUUGAUGGACAGCCCCGAGGACGCCGACAUCUUCCACUCGGAGGAAAUCAAGGCUCCAGAGAAGGAGGAAUUCCUGGCCUGGCAGCAUGACCUGGAAGUGAAUGACAAAGCCCCCGCCCAGGCUCGGCCCACUGUGUUCCGCUGGACAGGGGGUGGAAAGGAGGUCUACUUGUCUGGGUCCUUCAACAACUGGAGCAAACUGCCCCUCACGAGAAGCCAAAAUAACUUUGUGGCCAUCCUGGAUCUGCCUGAAGGAGAGCAUCAGUAUAAGUUCUUUGUGGAUGGUCAGUGGACCCACGAUCCUUCCGAGCCAAUAGUAACCAGCCAGCUUGGCACAGUUAACAACAUCAUUCAAGUGAAGAAAACUGACUUUGAAGUGUUUGAUGCUUUAAUGGUGGAUUCCCAAAAGUGCUCCGAUGUGUCUGAGCUGUCCAGUUCCCCACCGGGACCCUACCACCAGGAGCCUUACAUCUCCAAACCGGAAGAGCGGUUCAAAGCCCCACCCAUCCUCCCUCCACACCUGCUGCAGGUCAUCCUGAACAAGGACACGGGCAUUUCUUGUGAUCCAGCGCUGCUUCCAGAGCCCAACCAUGUCAUGUUGAACCACCUCUAUGCACUCUCUAUCAAGGAUGGAGUGAUGGUGCUCAGCGCAACCCACCGGUACAAGAAAAAGUAUGUCACCACCCUGCUCUACAAGCCCAUAUGAGAUGCUAAGAGCCAGCCAUGGACCACAGGGACAGCAGGCAGGGCUGGGCUCUCCACGUGCAUGCAGAUCCUCACUCACUCUCUGGGACAUUUCACCCCUGCCCUAGCCCUCCUUGAAGGUUUGUCCAGGCACAGCCUCUCUAGAAGAGUCCAGAAAUGGGAAGGGACAGCUGUUUGCAGUCCCAGAACCACAGUCCACGAGGCUAGUGUGCUCCAGACAUCAUCCCCCAGCUGGCCAGAGAUGUCGAAAGCCAGACCCAAAUGCUGGCACCUUGCCGGUAAAAGCUGGGGAGCAGGGACUGAAGCCACACAGAAAUCCUCAUCGUCUGUGUCCAAGGUCGAUGGCCUGUCCCUGCUGAAGCCUGGCCGCGGACAUGAGCAAUAGUCAAUCUUGCCUGCCCUUCCAAAUCAAAGCAGUAGAUUGUAGAUUCUAUGGAAACUCAGAUGUCUGAUUUCCGGAUGCAGCUUUGCAAUCAUUGCCCGACACUGUGUGCACUAAGGACCUUUUUUAACUAGAGUGGCUGGCUGUCCAGUCCUACCGAAGGCAAUAAGUCACCAGGAUGGGACUAUAGAUCAUGUGACUACACUCAGCAAUAAUUGUUGUCAACACAGACUUCAAAACCCACUGCCGUAUUCUCCAUUAAGCUGAAUGAUCCUGAGGACUGGCCACCAUGGAAGGUUGUCCACUCCUUAUUUCAACUGUAAUGGUGACAGUGUUACCAUGACAACUUUGUCAAAGCCCCACCCUCCUUUCAGUCCCAGCAUGUGCUCUUCAGCUGGGGACCCGUGUCUCUAGUGAGCAAAGGAGGUCACAGUGGUUGCAUUGCUUGUUCUAAAAGAUCUGGAGCCCCUUCAGCAGCCUGCCGGAUUCCCAGCAGGAAGAGUCCUUUGGAUCAGUGUGAAUGAACCUGUUUUACACUCGUCUUGGUUUCCAUGGUGAUGCCACAGAUGUGCCCAUUGGUAUAGGUUCCUGUCACCUGUCAGCAGAAGUUACCAUUAUAUCCUUUGUUCUUGCCAGAGAGGUGGGAACAGGCUCAGUGAUGUCCAGUAUUUGGCUGACCUGAGUUGGGUACCUUUUUGUUACUGUUUUCAAAACACUCAAUUGCUGUCGUCUUGAUGUGUAAGUUUCAAUAAAGGUUUGUAAAACUAA